GUGCUGAGAUACAAAUCAGGUAAAGAAGAUGCAGUGGGUGGAUGCAACAGACCCGAAGUGUGGGGCAGGACUAAGGUUAUCAGUAAAGCAAGCGAGUCUACGGACUAUGGGCAGAGAUCUUGGCUACCCAGCCCUGCAUAGCAGGACCUGUGACACUUUCCAAGAUUAAACGAGCUGGAUUAUAUGGCUGCUGGCAGCAUUCCCAUGUACUGUGCUUAACUUCCCAGUGACAGCGUUUCUGCUGGUUCCUGCUGGGGUUCCCCUUCGGGCCUCUAUUAACACACGGUGAGGUCACUCUUUGUCUUUGCAGCUGCUCUGUCAGUGAUCUGGGGGUGUCAUGGGCUGCCUGCGGAGGGAGACCCUGGGCAGUUGGAGACAGGGCUGGGGACCGGAUGACCUUGGCUCUCCUGCCCAGUGAGCCUGGAUCAAGAGGAAAACUCAGAAGCGGGUGACGGAGACUGGGUGAAGCAGGAGGAACUGGAAAGGAAUAGCUCCAGUUCUGUGUCCAGAACUAUAGGAAAGACCGGUCCCCCCCUGCUCUAUUUGUUUCGUUGGCCCUGCUGCUGGGGGUGAAUCAAACUGCUAUAAGCUUGUCCCCCUUGCUCUCUGGAGGAAGAGGCAGCAACUCUGUAGGGGGAAGUACAGCAACCUGAUUGGAUGGGGACCGAUGAUGCCAUGCAGCCCCUUUUCCGAGGUGCCCACAACAUGGCGAACUAAGUCUCUGGCCCAUCGGACUGGAAAGGUUGUCUGGGCCUUGCCCUGUCUGUCCUGGGAUGAGAACUGUGUUACACAAACCAAGUUUAAAUGGACUAAGGCCUCUGCUUAAACCCCAGAACCAGCAUUGUGCUGUGGCCAGAGCACAGGACUGAGCAUCGGAACUCCUGGAUUCUAGCUCCUAGCGCUGCUGCUGACUUGCUGUGACCUAGAGCACGUCGUGUCCUGUCUGUUUCUCGACUUCCCCAUCUGGGAACAGAAGCAAUGAGACUUACCAGCCUUCUGUCAAAUGCUCUGGAAUCCUAGUAUAGGUGCUAAGAAUUAUUCCAGAUUAAACCCAGAUUGGCUGGCCGGUGGAGUUAGGCCACAUUCAGUCAGAUAUUGGAGACCAGCAGGGACCUGGUUUCUAAGCGCUGUCUGGCUCUGUCCAAACUGUUAUUUCCUGUGUUAACACAGCUUUGAGUACCAUGGUUUCUGGCCUGUCCUACAUAAACCUUCAUGCUUCAGGGCACAAGCUGACUUCUUAACUGGAGGGUCAGGAAGAAUUCAUUUGCGAGGCUAAAUAGAGAUUCUGGGAUAACCUGCCCACUACAGGCUUUCCUGCACCUUCCUCUGGAAUAAUGUACUGGUCACUGUGAGCGUCUGGAUACUGGACUAGCAAGUUCUAUGGUGCUACACAAUGCUCUGCUGAUUGAAAUGGGACAUCUUGUGUCUCCAUUCAUGGGCCUCUGAUGACUAUCACUAAAAUGGUGCAUUUGCCCUCAGCUGUUGCUGUUUGUUCCUAAACAUUCUUCUUCCGGGGUCCUGCGGCAUUCUGAUGAGCAGCAGCUCGCCUUGAGGCUGGCCAGCCACGGUGGUGAAAUCCUGUGUCACGGCUGUGCUGGUGGCUGGAGCUGUGCAAGGCGAAGAGCCCUCCUGGCUGGGGAGAGGGAGCCUGGUGUGAAUUGAUGCCUUCCUGGUGCUUCGGAAGAAGGGGAUUAAAGAGGAAAAAAGGGGAGCUCCAGCUCCGGGAGGCAGGUCAGCCCGACCCCAUGCUGGCCACACUGCUCCUGUCUCUACUGCCUGUCCUGGCCGAGAGCGCCAGCCUACAGCCAAUCCGAAUGAGUCAUCUGGGGGUGUGCCCCAACCAACUGAACCCCAACCUGUGGGUGGAUGCCCAGAGCACCUGCGAACGGGAGUGCCACACUGACCAGGACUGUGAAGGCUUUGAGAAGUGCUGCACCAAUGUCUGUGGCCUGCGGAGCUGCGUGGCUGCCCGUUAUGCCGAUAGUGUCUCAUCCCCGGAGCUGGCACAGGAGGCCUCGUGUGAGAGCUUUGUGUGCACCCAGCAGGGCUCAGACUGCGACAUCUGGGACGGGCAGCCCAUCUGCAAGUGCAAGGACAGGUGUGAGAAGGAGCCCAACUUCACAUGCGCCUCAGAUGGGCUCACAUAUUACAACAAGUGCUACAUGGAUGCGGAGGCCUGUAUCCGGGGCAUCAGCCUGAGUGUGGUGCCAUGCAAGUACAUCUUCACUUGGCCGAACACCAGCCCGGUGCCGCUGGAGACCACGGUUCACCCCACGCCUGGGGCUGCUGCUGAGGUGCCCAUCCCCCCAGCCCUCUACAACAACCCCUUCCACCAGUCAGUCUACGUGGGUGGCACCGUCAGCUUCCAUUGCGACGUGAGCGGGCGGCCCCGGCCAGACAUCACCUGGGAGAAGCAGAGCGACCAUCAAGAGAACUUCAUCAUGCGGCCUGACCAGAUGUAUGGCAAUGUGGUGGUCACGAAUAUUGGCCAGCUGGUCAUCUACAAUGCCCAGCUGGAAGACACCGGCAUCUACACCUGCACAGCCAGGAACUCCGCCGGCCUUCUCCGGGCUGACUUCCCCCUCUCCAUCAUCAAGAGAGAGCCUUCCGGGGGGGAGCCCAGGGCACCCAGCACCCAGCAGGUCCCAGCCACCGAGUGCCUGAAGGAGCCCGACAAGAGGGAAUGCGAGGCUCAGCAGAUGCGCUGGCAUUUUGACCCCAAGAAGGGGUCAUGCGCCACCUUCCGCUAUGGCGGCUGUGGUGCCAACCAGAACCACUUUGAGACCUACGAGGCAUGCCGCUCGGCCUGUGUCAGCAGCGCCGUCAACAUGUGCACCCUGCCCAUGGUGCAGGGACCCUGCAAGAACUGGGAGGCCCGCUGGGCCUACAACCACCUGAUGAAGCAGUGCCACUCCUUCAUCUAUGGUGGCUGCGAGGGCAAUGACAACAACUUCGAGAGCAAGGAGACCUGUGAGGAUGCCUGCCCCUUCCCCAAGACCCUGCAGUGCAAGGCCUGUCGGCUCAAGAGCAAGAUGGUACUGAGCCUGUGCCGCAGUGAUUUUGCCAUUGUGGGCCGGCUCAUGGAGAUCAUAGAGGACCAGGACUCGGGCAUCGCCCGUUUCGCCCUCGAGGACAUACUCAAGGAUGAGAAGAUGGGCCUCAAGUUCUUCAACAUCAAGUACCUGGAGGUCACCUUGAGCGACAUGGACUGGAGUUGCCCCUGCCCCAACAUGACCACGGAGGAUGGACCCCUUAUUAUCAUGGGGGAGGUGCAUGAUGGCAUGGCCGUGCUGGACCCCAAUAGCUACGUCCGAGCUGCCAACGACAAGCGCGUGAAGAAGAUCUAUGAGCUGAUUGAGAAGAAAACCUGCGAGCUCCUCAACAGGUUCCAGGACUAGAGGUGCAGCCUAAGGAAGGGGAGAGUCGGGCUAAAUCGGGGUUCUCAAACUGGGGGUUGUGAGAUUAUAUGGGGGGUCACAAGCUGUUGUCCAGCAUCCCGAA